AUGGCUGCAAUAGCUGUGGAGAUUUCAAAACAAAGAAAAGAAACCGCCAACAAUGCCAUCAGGGUGGAACCGAAGGAACACUCGGAAAGUUCUAACCCCUCCAAAUCCCCGCCCUCCCUGGAAAAACCAGGACCAUCUGGCGAUGUCAACUUCCAUCAUGGGACAGUCUCAGACGAAGGCACUGACGGAGAGGGGAGUGGUCUUCUGGACUCAUCCACCGGGUACACUGAGCCAAGAGGUACUGUCCGGCGUCCCUGUGGACAGCUAAUCCUCUCAGAAACAGCAAAGGGCACAAAGUCUGAUACAGCCAGCAGAAUGACCUCAGUAAUUAACACCCAUCAAACUUAUUUGAGGCCUCCCAGGAUAGUCCUGCCAGGCAUGGACGAGGAGCUGGAAAGGAUGGAAGUGGGGGAAUCCAGGGAUCAAUACCUACCUGGUUCGGUGGCACCAUUUAACACUAACAGUAGCAAUAAUAAAGAUGAAGAGGAGAAAAAGAGAAAGAAGAAAGAGAAAAAGAGCAAACCAGAAGGGAAAAAGGAAAAGAAAAAGGAAAAGAAAGAGAAGAAAGAAAAAGAGAAAGAGAAAGAGAAAGAAAAGGAGGAGAAAGAAAAGGAGAAGGACAAAGACAAGGAUAAAAAGGAGGAGCCUAAGAAGGACGUUUUCGUUAUUGAUCCAGCAGGAAAUAUAUAUUACAACUGGCUAUUUAUUAUAACAAUGCCUGUGAUGUACAACUGGACCAUGAUUAUUGCCAGAGCAUGUUUUGAGGAGCUACAGCAUGACUACAUAAGCUAUUGGUUUAUAAUAGACUAUGUAUCAGAUGUAAUCUACCUGGCUGAUAUGUUUUUCAGGACCAGAACAGGUUAUCUGGAGCAAGGUUUGCUGGUCAAAGAUGAGCAAAAGCUACGUCAGAGAUACAUGGAAAGUGUACAAUUUAAACUGGAUUUGGUGUCAAUGAUACCAACUGAUAUUCUGUUCUUAAAAACUGGACUAAACUACCCGGAACUGAGAUUGAAUAAGCUCUUUCGAGUUUCCCGCAUGUUUGAGUUCUUCUCAAGAACAGAAACAAGGACCAACUAUCCCAACAUCUUCAGAAUCUCCAACCUUGUCAUGUAUAUUGUGAUUAUCAUUCAUUGGAACGCGUGCCUUUACUUCUCCUUUUCCAAAGCUAUCGGAUUUGGAGAAGAUACCUGGGUCUACCCAAAUGUGUCAGAUCCAGAGUUUGGCCGACUUGUCCGGAAAUAUGCGUACAGCCUUUACUGGUCCACUCUGACCCUUACCACCAUUGGAGAAACCCCUCCUCCAGUCCAGGACUCAGAGUACUUCUUUGUAGUCAUUGACUUCUUGGUUGGAGUGUUGAUUUUCGCUACCAUUGUCGGUAACGUGGGUUCCAUGAUUUCUAACAUGAAUGCAGCUAGAGCAGAUUUCCAGGCUAGGAUUGAUGCCAUCAAGCAGUACAUGCACUUCCGAAAAGUCGACAAAGAUCUGGAAAAGAGAGUCAUCAAAUGGUUUGAUUAUUUGUGGACCAACAAGAAAGCAGUGGAUGAAAGAGAAGUCCUAAAAUAUCUCCCAGACAAGCUCCGUGCUGAGAUUGCCAUCAACGUCCACCUAGACACGCUAAAGAAAGUGCGUAUCUUUGCAGAUUGUGAGGCUGGACUACUGAUUGAGCUGGUGUUGAAGCUGAGGCCACAGGUCUUUAGCCCGAGUGACUACAUCUGCCGCAAAGGGGACAUUGGCAGGGAAAUGUACAUCAUCAAGGAAGGAAAGCUUGCUGUUGUGGCAGAUGAUGGGAUUACACAGUUUGUGGUCCUCAGUGAUGGAAGUUACUUUGGGGAGAUCAGCAUUCUGAACAUUAAAGGAAGCAAAGCUGGAAACCGCAGAACAGCUAACAUUCGAAGUAUAGGGUACUCUGACUUGUUCUGUCUGUCCAAGGAUGACCUCAUGGAAGCCCUCACAGAGUACCCAGAUGCAAAGGCAAUGCUGGAGGAGAAAGGCAGGCAGAUUCUUAUGAAGGAUGGGCUCUUAGAUCUGGAUGUGGCUGCACUCGGACCUGACCCAAAAGACAUGGAGGAAAAAGUCACCCGAAUGUACUCAUCCUUAGAGCAGAUGCAGAUCAAGUUUGCUAGGCUGCUGGCCGAGUAUGAUGUAGCCCAGAAGAAGCUGAAGCAGAGAAUCACUGGUAUUGAGAAGACGUUAACAUUAAGUGGAGAGGUAGUAUUUUCUGAACUGGUGGAUCCAGAAGCAGAAGCUGAAGCUGCUACAGCUGAAAAGAAGUAAAAUGGUGCUCAGCUUUUUUCAGCACGAUCACAA